ACUGGGAGAGCCGGAAGAACAUUACUGUUUCUCCAUCAACGCUUCAGGUGUGAACGGACUAGCUACAUCCACCAGGGGGAUUUCUUUUAAAGAAUAGUUUAGACUCUGGUCGGAGCUCCCUGUGCCGUAGACGUGUGUGUUGCAGUAAAGAUGUGGAAGGCAGCAGCAGGACAGUCCGUCAACGUGGCUGUAAAUGAAGAAGGGGACGACUGGGAGACUGACCCCGACUUUGAGAAUGACGUGUCGGAGACAGAGCAGCGCUGGGGGGCCAAGACGGUGGAGGGCUCAGGACAUCAGGAGCACAUAGAUAUCCACAAGCUGCGCGACACUGUGUCGACGGAGCACACCAGCUUGAGGAAGAAGGAGUUGGACAAAAUGCCCAAGGCCUCGCAUGGAUAUGGAGGAAAAUUUGGAGUGCAGCAGGAUCGCAUGGACAAGUCUGCUGUGGGUCAUGACUACCAGAGCAAGUUGUCCAAGCACUGCUCCCAGACGGAUACCUCCAAGGGCUUUGGAGGGAAGUUUGGAGUGCAGGCUGACCGCGUUGACCAGUCAGCUGUUGGGUUUGAGUAUGCCGGGAAGACGGAGAAACAUGCUUCGCAGAUAGACUACACCACUGGGUUUGGGGGGCGAUACGGCGUGCAGGCAGAUCGUGUCGACGAGAGCGCAGUGGGCUUCGAUUACCAGGGCAAAACCGAGAAACAUGAUUCCCAGAAAGAUUACACCAAGGGCUUUGGCGGCAAGUUUGGUGUUGAGACUGACAAGGUGGACAAGAGUGCUAUGGGCUUUGAGUACCAGGGCAAAACUGAGAGGCACGAGUCACAAAAAGACUAUGUGAAGGGCUUUGGGGGCAAGUUUGGCGUGCAGACUGAUAGACAGGACGCAUCGGCGCUGGGAUGGGACCACCAGGAGAAACUACAGCUUCACGAGUCCCAGAAAGACUAUAAGCGUGGGUUUGGAGGGCAGUAUGGGGUAGAGAAGGAGAAGCAGGACCAGUGUGCCCUGGGCUAUGAGCACAAGGAGAGCCUGGCUAAGCACGAGUCUCAGAAAGAUUAUUCUAAAGGAUUUGGAGGGAAAUUUGGUGUCCAGAAUGACCGGAUGGAUAAGAGCGCCGGGACUUUUGAGGAAGUGGUGAAGCCGGCCCCAGCUUACCAGAAAACCAAACCUGUGGAGGCUGCUGGCAGCAGCACAGGAAGCAUCAAGGCGCGCUUCGAGAACAUCGCCAAGCAGAAGGAGGAGGAGGACAGGAAGAGGGCCGAGGAGGAGCGAGUGCGCCGACAGGCCAAGGAGAAGCAGGAGCAGGAGGAGGCGCGCCGUAAGAUGGAGGAGACGGCCAAGGCCCCCUCUCCGGUCCCGGCUGCCAGUCCCAGUCCCACUCCCAGCCCGACUCCCCCGGUCCAGCCAGCCGCCGCCCCGGCAUACCAGAAGUCCACCGCCGUGUCCCACGCCGCUGCCGAGGAGAACGGAGAGCCGCUGUACGAGGCGGAGCCACAGAUCCCCGACGCAGAGCCCGAGGACCUCUACCAGACCCCCGAGGACACCGCCGCCGCCGCAGACGGCCAGCAGUACGAGUACGGCGAGGACCUCGGGUUGACGGCCGUGGCCCUGUACGACUACCAAGCAGCCGGCGACGACGAGAUCUCCUUCGACCCCGACGACAUCAUCACCAACAUCGAGAUGAUCGACGAGGGCUGGUGGCGGGGCGUGUGCAGAGGCGCCUACGGCCUUUUCCCCGCCAACUACGUGGAGGUUCGGCAAUGAUGACGCCCCGCCGACACCAGCCGAGGAAGGAGACAAUUUGGAAUCCUCCCUUUUCACACUUUGUUCUUCUCUCUCAUCGCCUUCUGUUCCUGUGCGAGACAUCUGCAGGUCUCCUAACCGGCUUUCUUUUGCUCUGUUUUUCCCAUCCCUCCGCUACAUCUUCCACUCUCAGAUCCCUUUGUUUCUCUCCGGGCAGCAGAAGACGGGGAGAGUUUUCUUAGAACGACUCAGUCAGGGCUGCACAAUACCAGGGAACGUACGAUAACCUUGUUGAACAUCGCGGUAACGAUAUCACUCGUCAUACAUUUACAGAUGUUAAAGUGAACUCAGUUCUGCUGCUUUCAGUAUUCUGCUAAAAUACAACACAUUGCUUGUUAAAUAUUAAAAGAAAAGACC